GAUCCUUCAAUGAGUAAGGUCCUAACUUUAAUAUGGAUUUUUCGUUUUGGUGUACUGGUGUAUGGAGAUGAUUGCCGAGUGAUUCAGUUCAAAGCAGGAACGAAAAACAAGAUCUUAACAAAACACGUCAUAAGAAGUGAACAAGCAAAGGACAAGGAUAUCUGCGAGUUGAAAUGCUACUUUGAACCAAACUGUGUGUCCUAUAACUAUGGUCCGCUGGGAGAUGAAACAUUCACAUGCGAGCUAAAUAACAGAACUCAUUUGCAAGUCUCUCCCAGUUACUUCGAAUAUAGGAACGACUUUUUAUACAGAGCAAUCAUUAAUUCCUGUGAGAGCAAUCCGUGUGUUAGUAACUCUACUUGUCAAGCGGGGUUUGGUAGUCAUGGUUACCGCUGUAUUUGUUCUGACGGAUAUGAAGGAGAGCUUUGCCAAAUAGAUACUGAUGAGUGUACAUCAAGCAAACACGAUUGUUCCUCUGACGGCGACUGUGUUAAUGUCGUGGGUUCAUAUCAGUGCUUUUGCGAAUCUGGAUUUACUGGCGAUGGUAAAAUUUGCCAAGAUAUCGAUGAGUGUAACGAUGGAAGCCAUGACUGUCACUUUGCGGCCGAUUGUACAAACACCGCUGGAUCAUUCGACUGCAGCUGUCAGUCUGGACACCUUGGAGAUGGACGGCACUUUUGCUCAGAUAACUGGAAAAAGGUCAACCUCGAUCCUGUCUGUUUUGGGACAAAAAAUGACGACCACGGAACUUUUGAUAUCCGAGAAGCCGGUCAAGUCUACACUUUCAAACUCGUACAUACAAGUGGCUCCGUUACAUGCGACACUCAUAGCUCACCGACCAAAUGGGGAUGCUUACGGAAAGAAUACGGAAAUUAUAACCUGAUGACAGUGAUAACAUACAGCAACAAAACUGUUCUUCCACUUGCUGAGUUCGUGAAAAGUAACGCCGAAAACAAACUGUAUACUUACCAACUUGAUGGUACUGAUGUCAACUCUCCCACGCUUGUGUUUAAUUUUCUCCCCAUGCCCUUGGUUGUAUCUGUUGGCCAACAGUUCCAAAUUUGGUAUGCGCAUGACCUGGUUGGUUAUACCGAGCAUAAUAACGAUGGCGAGACAUGUGCGGACGUUUAUGCUUUGUACCCUUUAAACUGAAAUUCAGCAUUGAACUAAAUCUGAGAUUUGGAAGGUCGAAAGUUUAUUUAUGGAGAUCAAAGUUUUAAUUUGAUUUAACAAGAUCAAGUUAGAGUCAAAUUGAGAGAAGAAAAAGUACGCCUGAAAGAUUAUUAAAAUGUCAUGGGGGA